CACAGCAGUCGACGGUUCCAUCUGAUUUUUCCUCUGAAACUGACAAUGGUUGGCCAAUUAUCUAGAAAUGUAUUCAACAACUCUCGCCGAUUUAUGGCAACAGUGUCAAAUGAAGCUUUUGCUCCCAAAAAAUAUGGUGGUAGAUAUACUGUCACAUUAAUUCCAGGUGACGGUAUUGGUGAAGAAAUUUCCAAAUCUGUUGUUGACAUCUUUAAAGCCGAAAAUGUUCCAAUUGACUGGGAAACUAUCAAUGUUUCCGGUUUAGAUGAUGCAUCAUCUCAAAUUGCUGUCAAGGAUGCAGUCCAGUCUUUAAAGAGAAAUAAAGUUGGCUUAAAAGGUAUUUGGUAUACUCCAACUUCAAGCUCGGGUCAUGGUUCCUUAAACGUUGCAUUAGUUAAACAAUUGGAUAUCUACGCUUCAUUGGCCCAUAUUAAAAAUAUCCCAGGGAUUAAAACCCGAUUGGACAACAUCGAUAUAAUUUUAAUUAGAGAAAGCACUGAAGCUGAAUACUCUGGAUUAGAACACCAAUCUGUUCCAGGUGUUGUUGAAAGUUUAAAAAUUGUCACCAAAUAUAAAAGUGAAAGAAUUGCCAAAUUUGCAUUUGAUUAUGCAUCCAAAAACAAUAGAAAAAAUGUCACGGCUAUUCACAAGGCUAAUAUUAUGAAAUUGGCCGAUGGUUUGUUCAGACAAACUGUUAAAGAAGUCGGUCAAGGUUAUGAAAAUAUCAAUGUCAAUGACAUGAUUGUCGACAACGCAUCAAUGCAAGCAGUUUCAAGACCAGAACAGUUCGAUGUCUUGGUGACUCCAAACUUGUAUGGGUCAAUUUUGUCCAACAUUGCAACAGGGUUAGUUGGAGGUCCUGGUUUAGUUCCAGGCGCUAAUUAUGGUGCUGAGCAUGCAGUCUUUGAACCAGGCUGCAGACAUGUUGGUUUGUCGAUAAAGGGUCAAAAUAUUGCCAAUCCAACUGCCUUAAUUUUAUCUUCCACCAUGAUGUUGAACCAUUUAGGUUUGAGUGAAUACGCCGACAGAAUAUCCAAUGCCACCUACGAGGUUAUCAAAGAUGGCAAGGUCUUGACUCACGACAUUGGUGGAAACGCAACUACUGAACAAUUUACAAAAGCUAUUCUUGAAAAGCUUAAAUCCUACUAGAUAUCUGAGUUUUAGCACGCAGUGAAUGCAAGGUCUGUGUGGUCAAUAUUUUAUUUUUGUUUCACGUUUUCUCUUUUAUACUUUUUUUUACAUUUGUUUCUCCCUUUCUGUUAUGGUAGACAUUUUGCAGUAUUGCAGUAUAAAUAUAUAUUCAAACAUAAUUAUGAGCUGUCAUAAUCUCUUAUCGCCAAUCGCCAAU